GACGCCGGAAGUGUCGCGUGACUGACCGGCUAUAGACUGACCGGGGUAUUGAACGCUUCUGCCUCCACGCCCGGGCGGAUCUAAAUUAGCCUGGAAUAUGAACAGAAGAAGAAAAUAAGCACCAGCGGCCGUGGUGGUGGUGGCUGUCUUCCUGCAGGAUUUCACCCAGGCUUUUUGUUUUUUCCUGUGGACAUGUCUGGUCUAUGGAGCAAAGCUGAGAGAGGCUAGCCGGCCGAGAGUCCGGCUAGCGCAGCAUUUCCAGGGUUUUGGAUGAUUGUUCAGCUGAAAGGCGGAUUUAUUUUGGACAAGCGCUGCUUUCCCUCCCCGGGUAAGAAGACAGCAUGGGGGAGCCGAGCCUGGACGGUUCCAAUGUCAAGGUGGCUGUUCGUGUACGGCCCAUGAACAGGAGAGAAAAGGAAUUGAACACUAAAUGUGUUGUGGAAAUGGUGAAAAACCAGACCAUCCUCCAUCCUGCGGGAACUAACCUUGGAAAAGGAGACUCUCGGAGUCAGUCCAAGGUGUUUGCCUACGAUUAUUGUUUCUGGUCCAUGGACGAGACAGAUACGGAAAAAUUUGCAGGUCAGGAGGUGGUGUUCCAGUGCCUUGGGGAAAGUCUUCUCCACAAUGCCUUCCAGGGCUACAAUGCCUGUAUAUUUGCCUAUGGACAAACUGGCUCGGGAAAGUCGUACACCAUGAUGGGCUCAGUGGACCAGCCAGGACUGAUCCCUCGCCUGUGCAGUGCUUUGUUUGAACGAACCCAGAAGGAACAGCGGGAGGAGGAGAGCUUCACUGUUGAGGUGUCCUACAUGGAGAUCUACAACGAGAAGGUUCGAGAUCUGCUCGACCCCAAAGGGGGUCGACAAACGCUGCGGGUGAGAGAACAUAAAGUUUUGGGUCCAUAUGUGGAUGGCUUGUCCCGGCUAGCGGUGGCCAGCUACAAGGACAUCGAGUCUCUAAUGUCAGAGGGCAAUAAGUCUCGCACUGUCGCUGCUACCAACAUGAAUGAGGAGAGCAGUCGAUCGCACGCUGUCUUCAACAUCAUUCUCACACACACACUCAAAGAUUUACAGUCUGGGACGAGUGGGGAGAAGGUGAGCCGGCUGAGUCUGGUAGACCUGGCUGGAAGUGAGCGAGCAGCAAAAACUGGAGCAGCAGGAGAGCGCCUGAAGGAAGGAAGCAACAUCAACAAAUCCCUCACUACACUGGGUCUGGUGAUCUCAGCUCUGGCUGAACAGGGAACUGCCAAGAACAAGACCAAGUUUGUUCCCUACAGAGAUUCUGUUCUGACAUGGUUACUGAAGGACUGCCUGGGGGGUAACAGCCGGACAGCGAUGGUUGCUACUGUGAGUCCAGCAGCAGACAACUACGAGGAGACGCUGUCGACGCUGCGCUACGCCGACCGAGCGAAAAACAUAGUUAACCAUGCUGUCGUUAAUGAAGACCCCAACGCACGAAUCAUCAGGGAGCUCCGGGAGGAAGUCGAGAAACUACGAGUGCAACUGACCCAGGCAGAGUCUUUAAAAGCUCCAGAGCUGAAAGAGCGUCUGGAGGAGUCUGAAAAGUUGAUUCAAGAGAUGACCAUCACAUGGGAGGAGAAGCUUCGCAAGACUGAGGAAAUUGCACAGGAGCGUCAGAAGCAGUUGGAGAGUCUGGGUAUUUCUCUUCAGUCUUCGGGGAUUAAAGUCGGAGAUGAUAAGAGUUUCCUCGUCAACCUUAAUGCUGAUCCUGCCCUCAAUGAACUGCUUGUGUACUACCUGAAGGAACACACUAAAGUGGGCUCAGCAGACUCCCAGGACAUCCAGCUGUGCGGGAUGGGUAUCCAGGCAGAGCACUGUGUCAUUGACAUCACAGCAGAGGCAGCUGUCAUUCUCACCCCCUACCGCAACGCGCGGACAUGUGUUAAUGGUUCUCCAGUAACCAGUGCUCUGCAACUCCACCAUGGGGACCGAAUCUUCUGGGGAAACAACCACUUCUUUAGGAUCAACCUGCCCAAGCGGCGUUCUCGGGCUGCUGCUGAUGAGGAGGAGGGUGAGGGUGGUGUGAUGAAGAACAGUGGUAGCAGUGAGCAGCUGGAUGCAGAUGGCGAUACAGCCAGUGAAGUGUCCAGUGAAGUUAGCUUCUCUUAUGAGUUUGCCCAGACAGAGGUCAUGAUGAAGGCCCUGGGCAGCAAUGAUCCCAUGCAGGCAGUCCUUCAGUCUCUCGAGAGGCAGCAUGAAGAGGAGAAGCGUUCUGCUCUGGAGCGACAGAGGCAGAUGUACGAGCAGGAGCUCCAGCAGCUGCGCAAGAAGCUCAACCCAGAACGACUGUCCACAGGUCAGUCUGGAGGGCCGACAUCUGGGCAGCAAGGUCCAGGACAGCAGUCUCACUACCGCAGCAUGGAGAGGCUCAGUAUGGGGGGGAUGAGCCAUUCAACCAGUGCUCAGAGCAGACUGAGGCAGUGGAGUGAGGACAGGGAGGCUGUGCUGGUGAGGAGCCUUCGAAGAUUGAGGGAGCAGAUUGUGAGGGCAAACCACCUGGUGCAAGAAGCAUGUUUCAUCACUGAGGAGCUGGAACGACACACCGAGUACAGAGUCACUCUGCAGAUCCCGUCAGACAACCUCAAUGCAAACCGCAAGAGGGAUGCAGUGCUCAGCGAGCCAGCAAUUCAGGUUCGACGACGGGGUCGAGGGAAACAGAUAUGGAGUUUGGAGAAGAUGGAGAACCGUCUGGUCGACAUGAGAGAGCUGUACCAGGAAUGGCAGGACUACCACCACCACCAGCCAGACGACCCUGUAAUGCGCUCAUAUUUCCGCCGGGCAGACCCGUUUUUUGACGAGCAGGAAAACCACAGUCUGAUCGGCGUCGCCAACGUCUUCCUUUCCUGUCUCUUCUAUGACGUCAAGCUGCAGUAUGCUGUUCCCAUCAUCAACCAGAAAGGAGAGGUUGCAGGGCGCCUGCAUGUGGAGGUGGUGAGAGUGGGAGGGGGCCUGGAGGAUAACAUGGCUGGAGGAGAUGAGCCUGACAACAACCAAGACGCUGAAGUUCAGGAUCGCAAACUGGUCUGCAUGAUUAAAAUCCUGCAGGCCACUGGUCUUCCUCAGUACCUGUCCAAUUUCGUCUUCUGUCAGUAUUCGUUCUGGGACCAGCCUGAGCCCAUUAUCGUGGCUCCUGAAGUCGACACAUCGUCCUCAUCGCCCAGCAACAAGGACCCACACUGCAUGGUGGUGUUUGACAGUUGCAAGGAGCUGGCUGUGUCAGUAACGGAGGACUUUAUCGAGUACCUCACAGAGGGGGCAGUCGCCAUUGAGGUGUACGGACACAGACAGGCUGAUGCUGGAAGAAACCCUGCACUGUGGGACCUCAGCAUCAUCCAGGCUAAGACACGCACAUUAAGAGACAGGUGGAGUGAAGUAACACGUAAACUUGAGCUGUGGGUUCAAAUCCUGGAGAUUAAUGAGAAUGGAGAUUUUGUCCCAGUGGAAGUGGUACCUGCCAGAGAUGUGCGGACUGGAGGAAUCUUCCAGCUUCGGCAGGGUCAGUCAAGAAGAAUCCAGGUGGACGUGCGCUCAGUUCAGGAUUCUGGCACUAUGCCACUGAUAGCAGAGAUCGUGCUCGCUGUGUCAGUGGGCUGUGUGGAGAUCAGAAACACCACAGCGAACCAGGAAGGAGAUGAGAUGGACAGUUAUCAGGAAAGAGACCUGGAACGGCUGCGGCGGCAGUGGUUAGCUGCUCUCACCAAGAGGCAGGAAUACCUUGAUCAACACCUACAGACUCUGGUUAGCAAAACAGAAAAAACAGAGGAUGACAUGGAGAGGGAGGCUCAGCUGCUUGAAUGGCGUUUGACUCUAACAGAGGAGAGAAACGCUGUAAUGGUGCCCUCUGCUGGCAGCGGCAUUCCCGGAGCACCUGCUGAAUGGGUUCCUCUGCCAGGCAUGGAGACUCACAUCCCUGUCCUCUUCUUGAAUCUCAAACCUGAUGACCUCAGCUCUCAAGACCAGUUUGAAGUUCCAGAGGCUGGAGGUUGGGAUGCUAUCUUGAAUGGAGAGGAUGAGGAUUACUUUUUUGACCUGCAGAUUGUCAAACACUACGAUGGAGAAGUUAAAGCAGAGGCAUCGUGGGACUCUACUGUCCACGAGUGUCCUCAGCUCAGUCGAGGGGGAGCGUGGCCUGAGCAGCGUGUCUAUCUGACCAUACGAGUGGUGGUUCAGCUCAGUCACCCUGCCGACAUGCAGCUGGUGCUGAGAAAAAGGAUCUGCGUCAACGUUAACCCAGGCCGCCAGGGAUUUGCCCACAACUUUCUUAGAAGGAUGUCAACCCGCAGCACCAUACCUGGCUGUGGGGUCACCUUCGAGGUGGUCUCCAACAUCCCUGGGGAUGCUCCCGGUUCAGAGGACAGGGAGAUGCUGGCCCGACUCGCCGCAAGCGCACACAACAGCCAGUCAGGCGAUGACGAGGCUGCCAUCGAGAAAUACCUCCGCAGUGUCCUGAGUCUGGAGAACAUCCUGACUCUGGAUAGACUCAGACAGGAAGUGGCAGUGAAGGAGCAGUUGACCAGCAGAGGGAGGAGUAACAGACGGAGCAUAAGCUCUCCUUCUGUUAACAGGCUGUCUGGAAGUAGACAAGACCUGUCCACAACCUGCCUGCUGGAUGACAAGGUCCGAUGGGAGAGUCAGCAGGAUAUCUUCAUGCCCUCUCAGUUUCCCCGCACCCUACGCCCGGCCUCCUCCCCUUCUACCUACUCCACCUCACCUUCUUCAUCACCUACUCCCUUCGCCUCAGGUCCUCCCCAGAACCAGGAACCAGAGCAAGGUCGUUCAGGACUUGCUGCCUCUUAUCUUUCAGUUAAGGCGCUGGUUCCUCAGAUGCCCAAACUGCUCAAGUCUCUGUUUCCAGUGCGAGAUGACAAGAAGGAGCUGAGACCUUCACCACACAACCAGCAGCAGCACGUGCCUCGUAUUGUGGCCUCACCAGGAGGGGACGACAACAAAGUCAAGACUGAGACGACUGCUAUUCUACGGCCCGCAGCCAAAGACAGGCGGGCAGAGCUCCCAGAAGUCCCUCCUCUUCCUGUGCAUGACCCGCAUGACACCCCCCCCCUCAGCCCCCUCAGCCAGUCAUCAAGCGGCUACUUCUCCACUAGUGUUUCUACAGCUACCCUGUCUGAUGUUCUCCAACCCUCCUCCUCGUCCUCCUCCCUCCUGGCUACUGAGACCUCGUUACCCACGAACCCCCGGCAGCAGGGCGCUGACAGGAACGAUAUUGUGACCUCUCCUUCUCAGUUUGGUGCCAAGAUGGCCGUCGUCGCUCCGCCUUCUUCCCACAGCUCAGCCAAUCACAAUAACGUCCCAUUGGACAUUUCCUCUGAACAGAAACUGAUAAACUCAGGAGGAGGUGAAGGCUUUGAGAGGCUGGAGAUCUUUGUGGAUGAUGAAGAGCGCAGUCGUGACGACCUGCUGCCUGAUUGGCUGACAGAAGGAGUAUAUGUUACAGUAGGAAACAAUAAGGCUGGGACAGUGCGCUACAUCGGGGUUACGCAGUUUGCUGAAGGAGUUUGGGUUGGGGUGGAGCUGGACACUCCUGUAGGUAAGAACGACGGCUCAGUCGGUGGUCAGCGGUAUUUCCACUGUAAGCCGGGUUACGGGGUGCUGGUCCGCCCAGACCGGCUGUCCUCGCGCGAACGCACCCGUCAGCAGACGGGAGAGUUUUCCUCUUCUGCCCACGUCCCCGUCCUGCGAGGAGAAGCCAUUGUUUCACGCCGGGGGGAGAAUCGCAAAUCCUGGAGCAGCUGAGACAGGAAAACUAGGAGCCCACAGUUGCCGUCCUUCUCUGAGCUAUGCAACAGGCUCACACAUCACAACUGACCUACUGCCUAACCUACAGUUAGAAACUACACUCACUGCAUCCAUUCACAGAAUAUGGAUGGAAAUAGAAUAAAAACAGUAAAGAGACCUUUUCAAAAAGAAUGCAAGUAAGAUAAUGAAAGACUAUGCAGAAUAUGUAGAAGUUCAUGGAAGGACUGUUAUCAUGUGAGAAGAUGAUGCUAUUUAAGUAGCAGUCAAUGGGAAGACUGCUGAGAGUGAAUGGAAGCAGAACUGUUUGGACCCGGAGUGAGGACUGAACGCUGCAGGCUGGAUGAAGCUUUCUUAGCUGAUAUACAGGGAUGCAAACGUGACUUUUUUUAGGGUCACAUUGGAAUAAUUUGGGUGGGAGUGGGGCAUUUUAAAGUGGAAAGAAACACUGUCAGAGGACAAGGUGAUUUUAUUUGCCCGUCUUUUUUUUUUUUUAGUAGUAGUUUGAUAUUUUUUUAGCUACUAUAAAAGGAUCCUGUUUGGACUUACAGUUUUUUUUUUUAAAUGCUGACAAUUAACUGGGGACGAUUGGAGUGUCUUUCAGUAUUUCUUUGACAUUUUAUUUAUUUACCUCACACAUGGUGUGUUUGCAUCCCUGCAUACGAGGCCUCUACUUGGUAGUCCUGAGACUCUGAGUCACAGAAUUCAUCCACCCUCCUGAACUGUCCAGGUCCAGUUUGCAGACUGACACUUUGACUCAGUCCUUCUUGGACUCUUUCUUUUCUUUUGAAGAUUGAUCCUCCCAGAAUGUGCCUUCACCAUGGCUUUGUUUGCAUUUGUCUGUAUAUUUAAGUCCUUGUAGCUGUGUUUGUGUUGAAGAGAAUGCCUUGUGCUAAAUGUGAGGUGAUCUCAGGGACUGCAGAGGGAAAAGCACUGUGUGUGCGCGCGCGUGUGUGUGUGUGCGUGCGUGUGUUUAAGUUAAUGUUGUCAUGCUGGUGUUAAAGAUUAGCUGUGUAGAACAGGAAUAGUCGUGUCCUUGUCGGACAAAGCCACUAUGAAACUGGGAGGCUUUAAAAGUCGAUUUUGCACUGGAGAUGUUGGAUAAGAAGCUUCUGUACGUGAACAUAACGUGUUCUGUGGUUAUGGUGCAGCGACCAGAUGAGGUAACGAGAAGAUAUCGUUUUGUUUUUUUUUUUAUUUGUUUUUUUUUUUGUCGUUUUUGUGUCCUUGUCAGCAAAUUCCCAAGUCAUCCCCUGUAAAUGACUGAUGGUAUUUGGGCACCAGGAGGCGCUGUUGGGUGGAAAUGGACAGGAGUAUGUGCUGAGGAAAAGAAAGUGACUUAAGCUUGAAAAGAGGUUGAAUUUGCUUCUAUGCAUUUGAUGGUUUUAAAAACACGGUUUUAGUCUUUGUUUCUAAAAUACUGACUCAUCUGGGAGAGGGAGCUACACGUACAUUUUGGGAAAGUAUUAAACCCAGAGGCGGUCCUGACGGCUCUGCAGCAGAAAGUUCAAGAUGAUGUGGUAGACUUUUUUUUGUUUGUUUGUUUUAAUUAGGUUUUAUGAAACAUUCCAGAGAGAUGGUAACAUUUUACACUGAAUUAUGAUCUUGUGAUUUCAUUUAUGGAAAAUCCUUUUCAGUGCACCAGACCAUCGUUGGUUACUUUGAGUUUUUAUACAGUUACAUUCAAAGGAAUGAAGAUGGUGCUUGUAGUACUAUUCUAUAAGUUAAAGGAGACCUAUUAUGCUUUUCCUUAGUUUCUGUAUAUGUAUGUACUGUUACGUUUAUGGAUGAUCAUAUCAAACUUGUUUGUAAUCCCUAUGAGCCAAAAUCCGAGGCUUCAGAUGGCUCUGAACACCGUUUUAGAUUGUUUUUAACCUCUCAGCCUAAAAAAAAGGCUGCAGCCAACUUUCAACAUUCUGAACACGGUAAUUCAAUUUUAUUUAUAUAGCACCAAAUCAGAACAGUCGCCUCAAGGCGGAUAUUGAUCAUGUAAAUUGAUAACGAUGUGACUGAGGAUUUUCAAAUUCAUUCCAUAGAUGCAUAAUAAUAAUGCCAAUCACAGAAAGUGACUAUUCAUAGUGGUUUAUUAUGUUUUAGCAUUUCAUGUGCACCCCAUUAAGAUCUGCUGAGACCUGAAAUUUUGUAUCCUGGGAUUUGUGCCUCCUAAAAAUUCUACUGCCAGGAGGCUGAGGGUGUAGUAGUAAUAAUAAUAAUAAUAAUAAUAAUAUGCUUGUCUCAGGAGUCCCAUCCAACCACUGUUUAUGAGAGGCAGCCAAUCAGGAAAACUGGCCUAAAAAGAGAGAAGUGAUACAAAGCAAACUAUACUGUCACCCAGUAAUGUGUGGAAAGCUGCCCAGGAAUAAAAAUAUGGAGCUGGAAAUGAGCAUAAUAGAUCCCCUUUAAAGGGCCAUUCGAGAUAUUGUCUGGUCAUUGUACAGUUCAGUUCACCUUGAAUAGUUUACUACCCGAGUAAAUCUCAUGUAGUUCUGAGAAGGAACUUCAUAAAUCUGAGAAAAUAAUAGUUUUCCAUAAAUUUAUGACGUAAAGCCACGGUGGCAUUAAUCCGGUGGGGAGGAUCUAACAAAAGCUGCUACUGACUUGCAUUAUGGGAGAUGUGUUUUUUGGAGGGUUUGGAGUUUUGAAAGUGUGACUGCCUCAGCUUUUGCUUCUUUAAUUUAGUCGGCUCUUUUUGACCAUCAGAGCUCUGGAGUGACGUUAACGAGGAGACUGAGGUGGGGAAAGUGUUCAGUUUGUCUCAGAGAGCGGGAAUAAGCACAGGAUGGUUUGAUUUAAAGGUGGAAUAUAAACAGUUAAAUGUUCUCGGGAUGCUUUAGUUCUGGGUUAUGUUCAGAUCGCCCGACGAUUAUGACGAACCUGAGUAUGUUUCAUUGAAGGCUGAGACAUGUUUUCGCUGUUUGUAACUGUUUCCAGGUUCCUGAUGUUGAUGAUGUAAUGAUUAUCUGGAUUACUGCGUGCAUAUAAACAUGCUCAGUAUGUCCAAACACUAUUAUCUUUAUGGGUCCAUCAUGCUUUUCACUCUUAGCUUAAAAGGCGUGAAGUUAUUAUUUAUACAUAAAUGCUUGUGCACACGCCAUCGUCAUCGCACACAAACUGAUAAAGACUUUUUAUCUGAAUAAAUAAAUGUUGCACACAUGAUUUCAUGAAAAUCGCUGCUAUUAGCGUUGUAAAUUUACCUGUACAUGGAUCAGUUGAUUACUUGUGUCUCUUACUGUAUGCUAUUUUGGAUCUCAGUAGUUUGUGUUUGAUUCCCAAAUUAAGAAACUUUAACUCGUGCUUCUGGUUCAGUGGCCAAUAUAUUUUUUGUGAGGCAGUAAAAUUCCUACAAAUGAGGCACUUUGUCGUAUGAGCCUUCAAGGAGAGAUGGUCAGGAUAUUUCUGUGUAGGAAACUAUGAUGGAAAUAUAAGAUGAGGCUCCACAGUCUAUUUUAUUAUCUGUGUAUUUAUUGUCUGGCCAUAAAGUCGAGGCCUCUGGAGUCCUGUGAUUGGUGGCUGUCUGGUAUGUCAUUAGUUAGCAGGUUGUGAAGUGCUCUGUAGGUUGGACUCUUGUUGGGUUAGUUUUUAAUAAUGUGGUUCGUAACAGUUGGGUGGUAAUAAAGGAAGUGUGUGUGUGUGUGUGUGUGUGUGUGAGAGAGUGAGAGUUGAGUGGACCUGUCUCUGAUUCAGUUGUCUUUGAGUUGUUGCCAAGAUGGGAAUGACCGCCGCUGUGGCCGUUUUACCUACUUUUCCCGGGAUUUCAGCAGAGAGCGGCCGACCUUCGCCCUCACUGCUCUCCUGGAAAAAAUGCGGCCGGCGGACUUUCCCGUCCUGGUCUCCGCUCUGCUUUGUGGGUUUGAGAUCACUUCAGGCUUCUGGAUGCUCCUUUAUGUUGUUGUGCCUCAGAAACCAUGUGACCACGUAUCUUCCACACACUGUUUUCAUAUCAACGCUUCAAUUCAUUUGCACAAACGUCUCCAGAGGGAAUUGAAGAUUAAAUUUCUGGAACAAUUGUAUAUGUAAGAAGAAAAAUACAACCUGUUUUUUAAGAUGAAGUGUUUUUCAAGUUACCUGUUCUUCUUCUUCUUCUUCUUCUUCUUAGUAUGAUUAUUUAAGAUUAUUCACUACCUACACCUCACCCCCACCCCCAAGUUAACAUGUAAAAUAUGCCACAACAGAGUUGAGCUCAAAUGUAGUCGCUCUUCUUUUCCAGCACACCUUCCUCUUUAAACUCUCCACAGCGUCCAAUCAGGUGUGACGAGGGUAUAAAGCAGAUGAGAGCGCAGCUCCAAAGGCUGCUCGAUGCUCAAGAUCUACAGGUCACAAAAGUCAUUCUAAUAAAGAACUGAACUAAAAGAAAUUAGCAUUAGUAAUUUUGUAGCUUAAUGUCAGUGGUCUGCAUCUCUGCUGCUGUAGAGAUGAAAGCAGAGCCACCAGUGUUGUUUCUGUGACUCUGACAACCAUCAGAACCACAUUUAGUUUUAGUUUUAUUCCUGUGAUUUGGAGCAGAGCGCACCCCGUCUGUACAAAUCUUCAGUCCCUCACGUGGUUUCUUCUUCACUUUUUUUUUUUUUUUAAAAAUUUUGUUGUCUUACUUAAAGUGCUUUUAUUUUGCUCACAUUCAAUCCCACGUCUGCAUCGUCUGUCGCACUGCCUGCAGCUCCGUGCUGAUUAUGGGAUCACUGGUUUGGAGCGACCCCCUGCCUUAAUGUGGCCUGGAGCCAGACUAGUUUUAGCAGCAACAAUCUCAGCUCUGCUCUGCACUGAACUCAGCGUUAUUAAAGUGGGUCAUUCCAAAACCACAGAAAGCCAGUCUGUGUUAAUUUUUGAUGCUUUGGUCCACAGGAGCUGUUAGGUUUCUUACUCUUUUUAAGUAAAAAGGCUAAUGUGUUGCCGCCCUUGUGGGUACCAUGCCUAACUUUCUAACAGGGAAUUUUCUAUACAGCCAGAAAAUAACUCACCACUGCCCUGCAGUAGCCUAACCGCUACCUGGGAUCAAAUCGCAUCUUCUAAAUUAUAGAUUUUUAGAUUUGUGUUGGACAGAAGCAUAUGUUUCUGGCCCGGGUAGUUAAGUUUUCACCUUGUAACUACCUCUGGCGGCCUUUGCUUAUGUGCCACCCUCUUCUCUGAGACCUUUUUUUGGGUUAAAGAGCCUUUCACUGCUGAUGUGGCUACAGCCACUUCCUCUUCUGUGCGUGCAUAAACCACACAAACGAGCAAUACGAGGGCAUCAGGUGAUGCAGCGCAGCCUUGUUGCAUGCGCAUCAUUUCGCUUCAGAUAAAACUUCUGCUGGUGCAUUUUAAAGGCUGCUGUCACCAAUAUUCCUCUGAGGUACCAACAGCCAUAUUUUUACUGAGCUGAGCGUUUGGUGUUUGCUGAGUCAGAGAGUUUAGUCCUAUUGUUACUCCUGCAAAAACAAACAGCCUCUUCAGUCGUGUGUGUUUUCACCCAUUCAGCUGAAAAUUUUAAAUAGUCAAAUGUUUGUUUUAUUGGGCUUCAGCCUGGUCAGCAGUAUUAAUAAAGGCCAUCUAUCAUCCUAACUAAUCAUUAUCAAUCACUGCUACUAUUGAUCCUUUGGGGCGGGUUUGUCCUGAUGUGUCAUUUGUGUGUGGAAUGCACCAUCAAGUGCUCGUUUGGGGUGUGUGUGUGUGUGUGUGUCUGUGUGUGUGGGUGUGUGGGUGUAUGCUUAUAUUAAGACUUAAAAAAGAAAAAAUCUGAGCACAAG